AUGCUUAAGAUCAGACGCGAGUACUCGCUGUGUAGUGCACUGUCAUUCUCACUGGGAAAUUAUACCGCCACAACUGCGCAGAGAUGGUCCGUGGAUGCCCUGCGCAAGAAAUGCGAGUGCCAACGCUGUCUAAACGGCGAAGCCACUACACACAACGAUGACUCGCACGACCAAAGUUUGCAGCAGAAAUUUCAUAUCUGUGGAAAAUCUGUGGAGAUUUUAGGCGGAACUACUAAGUGUGCUCGGGUUGCGUCCAAGUGGCUCACGGAGAGGGACGAGGAGUGGGGUAGGAUAUCGGCGUUAGAAAUUGGCUCAGGCACUGGAUUAGUAGGCAUCACCUUGAGCUUGCUGGGCUGCAAAAGUGUGACUUUCACCGAUCAGGAGCCAGUUCUAGACACUAUCCGGCAUAACGUAGAAGGCAAUCUGGAAAAGAUGAGCCGGGACAAUAGCAGAACACGUUUUACUGUGAGAGGGGGUAAUGAAGUAUUUACGACAGAGAAGGUCGAAGAAAGAGGUGAUGAUAGUGGACUAGUAUCGAGUGAGGGUGCUUGGGAUAUUGAGGAGCUCUUCUGGGGCACACUGGGUAGUGAGGCAUUAAUAGGGCGAGUGGGUAAGAGGAAAGGAGUGAGUGGACCACAAUCGGGCCACCACUGGGAUGUGGUUAUUGGGUCGGAUCUUAUUUUUGCACAUGAGAAUAUAGAGCCACUGGUUCAGACUUAUGAAAAGCUUUGCGGGCCUAAUACAAAAGCUUACCUGGUCACUAUAAAUAGAUUUGAUUGGGAGGCAAGGUUUUUCAAGUUGAUGGAGGAGCAGUUUGAUGAGGAACUCGUACUGCAGGAGGGAGAUAUAUAUAUACAUGCAUUCACUAAAAGACGGAUGGAAGUUUAA